UCUCCUGACACUAUGUAUUUCAAUUAUAAAAGUGUGUGUGGGAGCUGUGGAUUUGGCUCUUGCUGUGGCUGUGGGUAUGGCUGUAUACAGAGCACCCACUGUGGCUGUAACGGUUAUCAUGGUUGUCGUGAAAAAUAAACAUUCUGUUGUAGAUGAUUCUACAUUUUUUUUGCUUCUAAGCAACACCAUUGAGCAUUGCCUCUUAUUUAGUUUCUCAAAGAUCUAUUCUGCUUUAGUCAUCCUC